UACUUUGGAGGUCGCUGCCCGCCGUGGUGUCCUCCCAUCCGCCUCACUCCAUCCUGCCAGGCAGAGGUUAGUCGGGAGAAAGCGAAAAUGUGAUUUAUCCGCGGUUACACAAGCGGUUUUAAUAUUUGCGGUUUCUGUUUCACCGUGUGGAAACUCCGAGCGGCUGAAAGGAGCGUAUGAACCGGAGCGGCCGCUGUGUUUUGGGGGCUUCUCCAGGCGGAGGUUGUCGGACGGGACAGCGGAGCAUCGAUUGAGGACCGCGGGUUAUUCAUCACCCUCCCUUCCCUAAAGAUGCUGCCCUGCCUGCGGAGAGUCCUGCGGCCUGCCUUCUCCCUGACAGCCGAUAGAGGACUGUCCAAAGCCGGACACAGGAGCAGCCACCCACCCGCGGUCCUUCCAGACUCCACGGUGCGGCUCCCUGCGCUGGUACAGCGAUGCUACCUGGGCACACACCCCCUGAAGGAGCCCGUGGAGCCCCUCAACUCACCCAGCGGAGCGAAGGACUUCAUUUACAGCCUGCAUCCGUCGGAGAGGAGCUGUCUGCUGCGGGAGCUGCACAAGUUCGAGUCCAUAGCCAUUGCUCAAGGGCAGCUGGAAAUUGCACCACCCACUGCAGCCCAGUUGAGAUACGUGCUGCUGCAUAACGCUCUUCCCUUUGUCGGGUUCGGAUUCUUGGACAACUGCAUCAUGAUUGUUGCUGGCACACAGAUUGAGUUAUCCAUCGGUGUGGUUCUUGGAAUUUCAACCAUGGCAGCUGCUGCCCUCGGCAACCUGGUUUCUGAUCUGGCAGGACUGGGGCUGGCUGGUUACGUGGAGGCCUUGGCGUCUCGACUCGGCAUGCAGAUUCCCGACCUGAGCCCGAAGCAGGCGGACAUGUGGCAGACCAGGGUCAGCUGUCACACGGGUAAAGCCAUUGGCGUCGGCAUCGGCUGCAUCCUCGGCAUGUUUCCUCUACUUUUCUUCUCCGAUGAUGAUGAGAAGAAGGACGGACAGAAGGAGACGAAGGUUGAAACUCCACCUGCUCCGACAGCCGGCAGCAAAAACUAAAACUGAUUAUUGUUCUGUGAAAACGGGCUUUUCUCCAGACUCUUCCCAUUAAACCAAACUAUUCAGAGGAUUUUACAUAAUAUGUUUGACUAAAGCACAGAAGACUGGUCAUGUGUUCAAUGCAGCUAACUCAUCCACCAUCAUAAGACCUGCUGAUCUCAUAGGUCUAACCUUUCCUUUGAGUCGGUUCAAUCAAUAAUUACUAAGCACUGACUGUAUAGCAGAAGACGGUAACUUGGCUGACUGAACGUCCAAUGACUGUUCAAAGACGCACUUAGACAUUCAGAUGCAUUUUUUUGUUGUAAACCUGCGUCUAACUUUGCCUCAUGCAUGUACUUUAUUUCUCUGUUCAUUUUAUGCAUUGUUGCAGCUCUCUGUUUUCUAAUCAACAGAUUAUUCUACUACUUACCGGUAAUUAAGAGUUAAACACAUCAUAGAUUUUGUAUAAUUUAUUUAGAGUGUGAUAAAGUGAUGAUGUUUUAUUGACUAGCAUCACUUAACUCAAAUACUCCUAUAUUUAUAUUACCUCCAUCAGCUGAGCAGGAACUGCCUGGAGUAUAACAACACUAACACUUCCUGUACCACAGUAAUAAUGUCAGCUCUGCUGCCCUCUGCUGGACACACAUAGCAGCUAAUCUAGUCUGUUCCUUUAAUCAGUCCUGCUCAUUAUUAACCUGCGCUGUGGGGCUGAUGUCACUUAUUGUUCCCCACAGAUUAAAGUUCACUUAGAGAAAUGUUUAUCUUUUUUUGCUCUUUAUGUACAUCUCGUAUGAAGGCUUUUUAUGAAUUAAUUUCUGUCUUUAAGGUGGAAUUGAAGGAAGUGAUCAAAUUCGGUGCGGUGAAAAAGCAUUUGCCUGCUUAUAGAGUUCUCCAGCUUUUAUUGUCAGAGGUAACCUGAGUAAAAUAAAAGCAGGGAGGGGGUUUAGGGCGGCGCUGUGACCCUGUUAGCUUCAUUUAAGAUGUAGAACUUCAUUUUUUUAGGUCAUUUUACAGCGUUUGGUAUAUCCAUGCUCUAUGUCGGCAUACUUUCUUAAACAUUCACUUAUGUCACUUUAGGGUCUAAUCUGUCGCUUAUUUAGCUAAAAUAAAUGUAGAAACCUUUACCUGUACAUUCCUUUUUCGAAAAGUGUCAGAAUCAAGAAAUCCCUUCAACAAUAUCUUAACAAAACACCUAAUUUUCUCUGGUUUAAAGAAAUACAAGAACUUAAUAAAGGGAAUUAAUUUUACUGACAGAAGUGCCCUGGAAUGGCCUAGUCAAAGUCCAGAUUUAAAUCAGACUGAUCUGCAGUGAUGUGACCUUAAAUAGAUAAGCGAUGCUCAAAAGGUCCUCAAAAGUUACUUAUUAUAAACCGCAAAACUCUAAAAUAGUCUAUAAGUGGGCAAAUGAUUUCACCAAGCACAGUAUUUCUGCUAGGAACUUUAUUUAUUUAUGUUCUGUUAUUUAUUUAGUUUGUUCCAACUGUGUUAUUUUUACCUAGAAAGAAAAUAAGGCAUCAAGACUUAUGCACAAAAUGCAUUUUUCUUCUAGGCAGAAGGACCUUUCAGCUGAAUGAUCUGCUUUGCAGCUGAUGAUUAAACUAAGUACUGUCUAAAAAAAAAACUGGAAGUAGAGAGAAGGUGUGUUUGACUGUUUUAACUUUGUACUGUGUGGAUAAUACAACUUCUAACUAAACAUAAGAACAAAAUGUACAGAGAAAUGUAUGCAUUUAGGGACCUUCUUCAUGUUCAACUUGCAUGUGUUAUAAAAUUAAAGAUAAAUAAAAGUGUAUAUCCCUCCAA